AUGAUUGCAUCUCCAUACUUACCAUUAAAAUUGUAUACUAAUAAAGUUCAAUUACCAGAAAUUGAUCCAAGUUUUGAACAGUUUUUAAGUAUAGUUGUAAAGGAAAUCAAAUUGAAUCAACAACAUGGAAUAUUGGAGAAAAUUACUGAUUUAAAUAAAACGAAUUCAAUAGAGGAAGAGAUUAACAUUGAACAUCAAAAAUUUAAACACAAACAACUCAAGGAAAAAUUAACAUUGCUAGAAGAUUUUAGAAAGGUGACGGAUUUCGAAUACAUCGAAAGUUUGUCCAACGAAGAAUAUCUAAUGAAAUACGUCACUCCUAUUUUGACUAAAUUGAUAGUUCAAGUUGCAAAAGUGAGACCAAAAAAUCCUGUUGAUUUUUUGGCAUACAUGGCUCUUAAAGAGAAUCCGGAAGGUUUACCAAACUUACCAGGCUAUUCUAAGGGAGGUGUGAAUAUCCCAAAAAUAUUGGACCGCAUGUUCCAAUUGUAUAAUUACGAUGAAAAUGAAAUAAUUAAAUCAAAAUCAUUAAUGGACGUUUUGAUAGCACAUUAUACGGAUGAAGAAGAUCCAAACAGCGAAGAAGAAUUGUUUAAAAAUUAA